CCCGAUCACAGCGAUUGUCGCCGAUGUUGGGUGGUGGGGUCACAUGCUCUCCCCACAUCACAUCGAGCUUCGGAGUUGGCUCUUCACGGUUCAGGCUUCCAGGCUUCCGUAGAACGCGUCGACUCUGGCGGUCCCAGUGAGCUCCCAGCGUCUGGCCAAUGAAAGCAACUUGCCUUCAUCGUCCCAAAUUGCGUACAUUGUGUACAAUAAACAUUGUCAACCCGAUCUGAAGUCCCACACCAGCUUCGCUGUGAGCAAGGUGUGUCGAGUGUUGUUCGACGUGUUUCAAAUUGUGUGAUUGAUUAGAGUGGUUCAAGGCGGGUUGUGUGCGGCGCGCCUGACACAACAGGGACAGACGAAUUGUGGGAGUGAGAUAGAGGUGUGUAAAAGGAUUUGGACAACAUGGCCACCACCAUCGACGAUCGGCAGGAGCUUUUGGAGCAGUUCCAAACGAUUGAUGAGAAUGGGGAUGGUUUCAUUGACCUGGCGGAGCUGCGUAACGCGUUAGACGUGUGUGGCUUCAAAAUGCCAGGCUAUAAAGUCCGCCAAAUGAUCGAGGAAUACGACGACAAACAGCAUCUCCAGCACAAGGGUCGCCUCUCCUUCGAGGAAUUCGAAAAGCUCUGCAAAGAGUUGAAAGCCAACGAGCUGGGCUCGACUUUCAAAGCUGUUGUAUCAAAGAAAGAAAACUUAGAGACUCUCGGAGGGAUAUCCGAAGCGUCCAGCGAAGGCACAACUCACUCGGUCAGAUUAGAAGAACAGUUGGCUUUCAGUGACUGGAUCAAUACAAAUCUUGGACAUGAUCCGGAUCUCAAACAUUUGUUACCCAUUGAUUCGGAAGGGAGACUGCUGUAUGAUAAAGUCAAGGAUGGUAUUCUGUUGUGCAAAAUCAUCAAUCACUCCUGCCCAGACACGAUCGACGAGCGUACCAUAAACAAGAAAAGUCUCACCCUCUACAAGAAGCACGAAAACUUGACCCUGGCCCUGUCGUCAGCCCAAGCAAUAGGCUGCAACAUAGUGAACAUCGAUGCCCACGAUUUGACAAAAGGCUCCCCCCACUUGGUUCUCGGUCUUCUCUGGCAAAUAAUCCGAAUCGGUCUCUUCAAUCAAAUUACCCUAGAAAACUGUCCAGGCCUGGCGACCCUCCUCCAACAGGGCGAAAGAAUCGAGGACCUCCUCAAGCUCUCCCCCGAGGCAAUCCUCCUUCGUUGGGUGAAUCAUCACUUGGAGAAUGCUGGAAUCGCCCGAAGAUGCAACAACUUCCAGUCCGACAUUACAGACUCGGAGAUUUAUUCCCACUUAAUCAAACAAAUAGCCCCGAAUACCUCUGACGUCACACUGGAGGCUCUCAUGGAGCCCAAUCACAUGACAAGGGCUGAGAUAAUGCUUCAGCAGGCUGGCAAACUCGGCUGCAGGAGUUUUGUGACAGCCAGUGACGUUGUCAACGGAAUUUACAAGCUCAAUCUUGCCUUCGUUGCCAAUAUGUUCAACAAUUACCCAGGAUUGGACAAACCAGAGACGAAUAUUGAGGGGCUGGACGCUCUGGAGGAGACACGAGAGGAGAAAACGUACAGAAAUUGGAUGAACUCCAUGGGAGUGUCACCCCACGUCAACUGGCUUUACUCAGAUCUCGCUGAUGGUCUGGUGAUAUUCCAACUCUACGACAUCAUCAAGCCUGGAACAGUCAAGUGGCCCAAGGUGCACAAAAAGUUCACCAAACUUCGGAAAUUCAUGGAGAAAUUGGAAAACUGCAAUUAUGCUGUGGAGUUGGGGAAGCAAAUGAACUUUUCACUUGUCGGCAUUGCAGGCCAGGAUAUCAAUGAUGGAAAUGCAACCCUCACUCUUGCUCUCAUCUGGCAAUUGAUGAGGUCGUACACUUUGUCGUUGCUCUCUAGCCUCGCUGGAACUCCUGGAAGCACCAUCGUUGAGAAGGAAAUCGUUCAGUGGGUCAAUUCCAAGCUGCAAGGGGCUGGCAAGCCCAGCAGCAUUAAGGGGUUCCAGGAUUAUGCCAUUGCUGAUGGCAGACCUCUUAUCGAUCUUAUUGACGCCAUCAAACCUGGGAGUGUUAAUUAUGAUCUCGUGAAAUCUAGUGGCACUGAGGAGGACAACCUAGAUAACGCUAAAUACGCUAUAUCACUGGCGAGAAAGUGUGGUGCACGUGUGUACGCACUGCCAGAAGACAUCACUGAGGUGAAGCCCAAGAUGGUAAUGACAGUAUUUGCCUGCCUAAUGGCGAUGGAUUACGUUCCCAACAUGGAUUCCAAACAAAACAGCAUUAAUAGUCUCAAUAACGAAAGUAACAACUCAAAUGGGCAAUAUUAAAAUAUUCGCUAUCAUUGACGUACCUAUGCUUCCUCUUUCCAAUGACACUGGGACAAUGUAAAUACACGAAUCAAGUUGGAAAGACCGGCAUAAUGAGUCAAAGGGAAGGGCUAUUCAAUAGUCAACUUUCUUCCCUCUCUUAGAAGUCCACAAAUACAUGCAAAUUUAUCAUUUAUAAACACGAACGAAAAAAACAUGGAAAAACUUGGUGACUUCGAUAGGAAAUACUAUUGAAUUUCUAUUUAAGAAGAAUUUUGUAGCUCUGCUGCGCGUUUUUUUAAUAGAAAAUGUCCAAUCGAAAGUAUUUUAUGUAAAAAUCUGUAGAAUU